AUGUCAGUGGGGGGCCCCCCAGGGGCUGAGCCGCGGACCAUGGGGGGCCCCCCUGAAGCCCCGGAGGGGGGCCCCAGCAGGCCCCCUCUGGGGGCCCCCAUGGGGCCCCCUCAGGGGGCCCCCAGAGGGCCCCCUGAGGGGGCCCCUAGGGGGGCCCCCAUGGGGGCCCCCAUGGGGGCCCCUAGGGGGGCCCCUCUGGGGGCCCCCAGCGAGCCCAAACUGCCGCUGGGCCUUGUGGAGGCCUUUAGGGGCCUCUGCGAAAAAUGCCGAGUGACCCCUGAGGAGAUUCAAGCUAUUAUAGACUCAGCUACGGAAGGGGGCCCCGACUGUACCCACCUGGAGCGCUGGGCCCUCCGCAGCAGCAGCGGGGCUGCAUGCGCUUUGCUGGGGGGCCCCCCCCCCAGAGUUGCUGCUGGGGGCCUCUGGGCCCUUCUUGCUGCAGCAGCAAAAGAGGGGCACUGCAGCAUAGUGGAGGGGCCCCCCGGGGGGCCCCUGGGGCCCCCGGGCAGCAGCCUCACACGCCGCGGCUGCAGCAGCAACUGGGGCAGCAACGACGGCGGAGACUCGGGCAGCAGCAGCAGCAGCAGCAGCAGCAGCAGCAGCAGCUGCAGCAGCAGCAGCAGCAGCGCAGCAGGAACUCUGGCCCGGGAGCAGGAGGCCCUUGAGGCCCUCCACAAGGCCGCAAGUGAUCUCCACGAAGUCUCUUGGAGAAGGCUGCACACGGGUCACUGGGAGGCGGUUCCCCUUUGCUGCCGGGAGGCUUAUGGUGCUGCCUGCCUUUUCUUAAGCUUGUGCUACGUGUCAACUGCUGCUGCUGCUGUUGCUGCAGCAGCAGCAGCAGCAGCAGCAGCAGCAGCAGACGCAGGGGCAGCAGCAGCAGAAGAACAGGAAGACCUUCUCGAGGCAGCAGAAGAAGGACUGCGGCUUGGCUUCUACUAUGUAGACAUGGGCCUUAUAAUGGGAGGCCCCAAGAUUCGAGUGUAUGGACGCCUCACGGCUGCUGCUGCAGCCUUUGACGCCGUCAGGGACCGGCUGCUGCUGCUGCAGCUGCAGCAGCAGCAGCAGCAGCUGCAGCAGCAGCAGCAGCUGCUGCUGCAGCAGCAGCAGCAAAUGUCGCCUCGCGACUGGGAAUCCUCACUCUCCAGUGGCAGCAGCGACGACAGCAGCAGCAAAGAUGAAAACCACCAAAACCCUUCAGAUCUGCAAAGUCCACAACAAACCCCCCCGGACUUUCUUGACAAAGAAGGGGGCCCCCAGGGGCCCCCGGGGCCCCCGGGGCCCCAGGGGCCCCCGGGGCCCCAGGGGCCCCAGGGGCCCCCAAAGACCCAGGGGCCCCAGGGGCCCCAGGGGCCCCCCGAGCUCCAGGGGCCCCCAGACACCUGGGGGCCCCAGGGGCCCCCCGAGCCCCAGGGGCCCCCAGAAACCUGGGGGCCCCAGGGGCCCCCCAAGCCCCCAGGGCCCCAGGGGCCCCAGGGGCCCCCGGGGCCCCAGGGGCCCCCGGGGCCCCUGGGGCCCCCGGGGCCCCAGGGGCCCCCGGGGCCCCUGGGGCCCCUGGUACCUGUUUUGCGGCAGAGGGCACCAGUGGAGGAAAGGACAGCCAUCGGCUUGGAGGAGUUUUUGGCGAAUUAUCUGCAGCAGCAGCAGCCGCUGCUAAUCCGGGGCGGAGCUGCUGCGCUGCCCUGCAUUAAGCUGUGGGCUAAUUGGGGACUUCUGAGGAGGCAAAUGGGCCACAGACUUGUCCCUGUAGAAAUCGGCAGCUCUUAUGCGGAGGAGGGCUGGACGCAGCGCCUAAUGCUCUUUGAGGACUUCUAUUCCGAAUUUAUCAAACCUGCCAGCGCAGCAACUGAUAUCACGCGGCUGGUGUGGAUAGGCCCCCGGGGCACUGUGUCUCCGCUGCACACCGACAGCAGCGAGAAUUUGUUUGUGCAAAUAGUUGGCAGCAAACGCAUGCAGCUCUACCCCCCCUCGCAGACAGAGGCCAUGUACCCUUUCCAGAAGGGCCUUCUUCGCAACACGUCGAGCCUGCCGAGCUCUCUGGUUGCUGCUGCGAGCUUGCCCGCCGAGGUGUACAGACAGCAGCAGCAGCAGUUUCCCCUCUUCUUCCAAAAAAGCUGCUGCUGCGAUGUGCUGCUGCUGCCAGGGGACUGUCUGUUUAUCCCCAAAGGCUGGUGGCACUAUGUGCAGGCAGAGUCCAGCAGCAUUUCCAUCUCCCACUGGUUUCAGGCCUAG